CAUAGGCAAUUAGCAAAUGUAUUUAUUUAAUACUGGAGAUGUGACAUACUUCCAUGCCCUAACAAGAACUUUCACUGCCAUUGAUCUUUCAUUAGCCACUCCCAACCUAUUUUCAGCGUUUACAUGGGAAGUUGGAUCUAAUCCACUUUCCAGUGACCACUUCCCAAUAUUUCUAAAAUACCGAGGCAGAGAUAGCUGUGAAACAGCCCGUCCACCACGCUGGAAAUUGGAAACAGCUGAUUGGCCUCUUUUUCCUCUAUGGCCAACAUCACGGAGGAUAUGGUGAAUAUUGCUGAUAUCAAUGACGCAGUUGAAGUUGUCACUUCCAGUAUUAUUCAGGCAGCUGAAAAAACAAUGGGGAAGACAUCAACUAGAUAUCCAAAACAUCCUAAACCAUGGUGGAACCAGAAUUGUGAGGAAGCAUUUAAAGCUCAAAAGAAAGCAUGGGGUAUUUUCAGAAGAUACCCCACUUCGAGAAAUUUGGUUGCUUUUAAAAAAGCAAAGGCAAAUGCCAGAAGAAUUAGAAGACAAAGCCAAAGGGAUUCUUGGAGGCAGUAUGUCUCUAGUAUAACAUCUUCUACUAGCUCAAAAGCAGUCUGGGAUAAAAUCCAUAAAAUUAAUGGAAAAUAUGCUACCCACUCUCUGUCCAUGCUGGAAAAUAAUGGCACAAUAAUCAGCGAUAUACAGGGUAUUGCCAAUUUGUUGGGUGAAACGUUUUCUUCUUCAUCCAGCAAUGUAAUGUUUACUAGGAAUUUUCAAGCUUAUAAAGCUCAAAAUGAAAAACAAUAUUUAAACUUUCACUCCUCAUCUAAUGAGGAAUAUAAUGUGCUAUUCACCAGCAUAGAACUACAUACAGUAAUCUCUCGCUAGGGGAAUACUGCUGUAGGUCCGGAUAAAAUCUACUACAGCAUGAUUAAAAAUCUUUCAGACAAUUCUCUUUGUAAUGUUCUGAAUCUGUUUAACAGAAUAUGGACAGAACAUACUUUUCCCGACUCUUGGAAGCUAUCUAUCAUUAUUCCCAUUCCAAAACCUGGUAAAGAUCACAAGAAUUCCUCUAAUUACAGACCAAUUUCUCUGACAAGUUGUCUCUGUAAACUUUUCGAGAGAAUGGUAAACAGGCGUCUAAUGUAUCUCUUAGAGAAAAAGGAAUACUUUUCAACACAUCAGAGUGGUUUUCGUAGGAACAGAAGUACCACUGAUAACCUGGUAAACCUUGAAACAGCUAUACGCGAAGCGUUUGUUUGACGACAACACUUAGUGUCUGUGUUUUUUGACAUAGAGAAAGCCUAUGAUCGCUGUUGGCGAUACGGGAUACUUCGUGAUCUACACCAAUUUGGAUUGCGGGGUAAUUUGCCAAUGUUUAUAAAAAACUUCUUAGAGAAACGAAGAUUCCAAGUUUGGAUGGGCAACACUUUAUCUAGACUCUUCACACAAGAAGAAGGUGUUCCUCAAGGUUCUAUUUUGAGUGUGACUCUGUUUUUAAUUAAAAUUAAUAGCAUAGCUAACUGUCUUCCUCCCAGUGUGAAACAGUUCUUGUAUGUGGAUGACUUUCAGAUCUCCUGUCAGUCUAAUAAUAUGAAUUUCAUUGAGAGACAACUUCAAACUUCCCUAAAUCGCAUAUAUAAUUGGUCCAAGACCAAUGGGUUUACGUUUAAUGCAGCGAAGACAUCGUGCAUCCACUUCUGCCGUGGUUUGCACCUGGAUCCUGAAAUUCACUUAAAUGGCAAUAAAAUUCCAAUGGUGAAUCAGGCUAAGUUUUUGGGUGUUUAUUUAGACCUAAAACUGACAUUUUUGCCACACUUGCGCAACCUGAAGAGUAGAUGUUUAAAAUCUCUAAACCUUUUAAAGGUACUAUGCUGCUCAUCCUGGGGAGCAGACAAAGUUUCUAUGCUCAGGAUUUAUAGGGCCCUUGUCCGCUCUAUGCUGGAUUACGGUUGCAUUGUUUAUGGCUCUGCGCGAGAAUCUACUCUUCAGAUGCUGGAUCCAAUCCACCAUCAAGCACUACGUUUGUGCACUGGUGCUUUUCGGACUUCCCCUGUACAAA